AUGAUGGCUUCUGUUUAUACUUCAAAUAAAACAAUCAGAGUUUGUCCUUUCCUCAAUGGCGAUGUGGAAAACCCAGAAGCCAAAACCAGUAUUGCCUGGAUUAGUCCCAAUUUGCCUAGCAGAUGCACUUGGAAACCAGGAAAAUCUAUCUCAGAAUCACCUCAUCGCUAUGUGCCUCAGCAAAAAGAACCAAAGAUUUUGUCAAAUAUCUUAGAGAAAAUUGGACACACUCCUCUGAUCCGAAUCAACAAAAUUUCAAAAGCUUAUGGUCUCAAGUGUGAACUUUUGGCCAAGUGUGAAUAUUUCAAUGCUGGAGGGAGUGUAAAAGAUCGAAUCACUUUACGGAUGAUAGAGGAUGCAGAAAAAGCUGGUAUCAUAAAACCAGGAGACACUCUCAUUGAACCUACAUCAGGAAAUACAGGGAUUGGACUGGCUCUUGUAGCUGCAAUGAAGGGUUAUCGCUGUGUCAUUGUCAUGCCAGAGAAAAUGAGUAUGGAAAAGGUAGAUGUUCUGAGAGCACUUGGGGUUGAAAUAAUAAGAACUCCCUGCACCAAGUUUGAUGAUCCAGAAUCCAAUGUUCGUGUUGCGUGGAAACUGAAAAACGAAAUUCCAAAUUCACAUAUUUUGGAUCAGUAUCGAAAUCCAAGUAAUCCAUUGGCACACUAUGAUACCACAGCUGAAGAGCUCUUGGAGCAGUGUGAUGGAAAAAUUGAUAUGUUUGUGGCUGGAGCUGGUACAGGUGGUACCAUCACGGGUAUUGCCAGAAAGUUGAAGGAGAAAUGCCCUGCAUGCAAAAUUGUUGGAGUAGAUCCCGAAGGCUCCAUUGUUGCUUUGCCCAGCUCAUUAAAUACAGUCUCAGCCAAGGAUACAACAAUGGAAGUGGAAGGGAUUGGUCACGACUUUAUCCCAACCGUCCUUGAUAGAUCCGUAAUAGAUCAAUGGUGCAAAAGCAAUGAUAAAGAAUCCUUCCUUAUGGCUCGUAGAUUAAUUAAAGAGGAGGGCUUGCUUUGUGGAGGCAGUGCAGGCAGUGCGAUGUCUGCAGCUGUGAAAGCUGCCAAGCAACUAAAAGAAGGUCAACGCUGUGUUGUCCUCUUACCUGAUUCUGUGAGGAACUACAUGUCUAAGUUUUUGAAUGACAAAUGGAUGGCCCAGAAUGGAUUUCUAAAAGAUGUUCAGGAACAUUAUCCUUGGUGGUGGAAUAUUAAAGUCCAGAAGCUGAAUCUUUCUGCUCCUCUGAUUCUUCUCUCAGAUAUGAACUGUCAAAAAUCAGUUGAAAUCCUGCAAGAAAAGUCGUGCAAUCAAGCACCAGUUGUUGCAGAAUCAGGUGUCAUCAUGGGAAUUGUAACUAUUACCAACAUCCUCUCCUUGAUCCUGGCAGGAGAUGCACAGUUCUCAGAUCCAAUCAUAAAAGUCACUCAUCAACAAUUUUCAAAGAUUAAUCUAGAUGAUACCCUGGGAAAGCUUUCACGUGUCCUGGAAACUGAACAAUUUGCUGUUAUAGUGCAUGAAGUGGAGCAAUACAAGGCAAAGGGGUCUUCCUUGAUGAAACAGAUGGUAUUUGGUGUGGCCACAGCUGUUGAUCUGCUCAACUUUAUUACACCAAAGAACAAACCUCAAGAUCUAAAUGCAUCACUCACAUCUGUUUAGCAUGCCUGAAAGGACUUUUCCAGAAUUGGGAAAAAAUAACUAUGAUGUUUAACUUAAUGGUUUACAAUAUGGCAGGGCUGUCUGCACGGGUAGUCAAAAAAGUUAAGAUGGCAGCUGUGAUGUGGUGACACACAUAUACCCCAAGAGGAGUUUCAAUCACUCUAUCAGGGCUGCCAUCUUGAUUUCUUUACUAUAUCUUGCUGACACCUUUGCAAUACAUGACAUUUUUUAUAUAUAUAAAUGUGCCUAGUACUUCUUGAUCUACUUGAUGUCCCUCUGAAUAACAAUUUUGCCAAUAAUCUGAGAUUAAGAUGAUCUGAGAAUAAUUUUUAACAAACUCGUAUUCUGAGACAUUUUCAAAAUAAGAUUCUUGGAGAUAACAUAGUACUUAAUGAAUCUCCCAAAGAGGUCUUGCUGUUCUGAUUUCUUUUGACCUUUUUUUUGUAUUUUAACUUUGAUUGAUAAAUGCAUUUCAAAAUCUGUUGGCAGAAGAAUUAAGUAAAAGUACCUGAAUGACAUCCAGAACAUUGACAAAGCAGGGGCCUGAAGUGCUGGCAAUGAGGUGAAGUUGCGUCAGAUAUUUUUUUUUCUCCAGAGAAAAAAAUAUUUUACCUAUACAGAGGGACUGCAAGUUGUAUCAGUUAAUACUGAUCAAUGCAACCUUAAUCUUCCACAUUUUUCAGUAAGAAAGGUUUCUAGGUUGAGAAAUCCAUUUCCUCUUGAUUUCAGUGGGCUGGCAGCGAUGCAACUGAAGAUAAGAUUUGAGGAAAUUUGAGAGCCUUUUUACAGAGUCAAAAUAUAAAUAUCUCUGCCAUUAGCUUUUCUAUUUAAAUUCUCAUUUUAAUCACUGGAAACAAAUCAUUGCAUGCAGAACACAGAUAUUCUUUAAUUUAUGACCACAAUUGAGCUUAAAAUUUCUGUUGCUAAGCAAAUCAUUUGUCAAGUGAUUUUUCACCCCCAUUUUAUGGCCUUGCCACUGUUGUUAAGUGAAUCACUGCAACUUUAAAUGGUUGUUAAAUGAAACUGGCUUCCCCAUUGACUUUGCUUGUCAGAAUGUCACAAAAGCUGAUCACAUGACCCCAGAACACCACAACCUUCAUAAACACAUGACAGUGCUAAGCAUCUGAAUUUUGAUCACAUGGCCAUGGGGGAUGCUGCAAUGGUUGUGUGAAAAAUGGACAUAAGUCAUAUUUUACCUCUGUUGUAACAUCUUCAAACAGUCAUUAAACAAGUGGUUGGAAGUUGAGGACUAGCUGUAGUGCAAGUCUAUUUAACUCUACAUAAUUUUGCGAAAAGAGGACAGUAGGAGUAAAAAAGAGAGCCUUGCCUGAAAUAACAGAGAAAGCAGAUGGAAGAGAUAUUAGUGUUAAUCAUAAAUAAUGUGAUAA